UAAAACAAAAACACACAAACGGAUAUUAUGUCAAAAAAAAAAAAAGAAAAAAAACAAUAUGGAUAAGCCAUUUUCGUUCCUCUGCGCUCCAAUACCAAGUUUCCAUCCUAAAAAGAAAUAUUAGAAAAAUAAUAAUACAGAAAAAAAUGACACUAACACUCGUCCCGAUCCCGACCUCCACCAUCUUCUUCCUCUCUCCCUCGUCCCCCAAGCCUAGACCCGUCCGCAUCAGAUUCAAACCCAGUGCAUCUUCCUCCUCUUUUCCCGUCCAGACACGUGUCACUUCCACACAAUCUUCUCACGAUACCGGCGUCAUUAUAGUUGGAGCAGGCCUCGCCGGACUCGCGGCUGCCACUCGACUCAGCUCCGAAAACGUCCCCUUCCUUUUACUAGAAGCUUCAGAUGAGGUCGGCGGCCGAGUCCGGUCCGAUUACGUCGACGGAUUCAUCCUCGACCGCGGGUUUCAAAUCUUCAUCACAUCAUAUCCUGAAGCCAAGAAGCUUCUCGAUUACGAAGCGUUAAAUCUCCAGAAAUUCUACUCCGGAGCUAGAGUUUACUACAACGGCGAAUUCCACAUAGUCGCUGAUCCCAUUCGGCACUUCGUGGACUCCCUCCAGUCCCUAACGAACCCUAUUGGUUCAAUUCUUGACAAAUUGCGCAUUGCGUCGACAAGACUUGGGGUCCUGACGAAAUCAGACGAUGAAAUUAUGACUGCGAAUGAGGUAUCUACGAUGGAGCUUCUGAGAAGCAUCGGAUUUUCUGAAUCCAUAAUCGGAAGAUUCUUCCGACCAUUCUUUGGAGGAAUUUUCUUCGAUCGCGAUCUCGAAACCACUUCCAGAUUGUUCGAUUUCAUCUUCAAGAGCCUAGCCCUCGGAGAUAACACGAUUCCCGCCAAAGGCAUCGGGGAAAUCCCCAAACAAUUAGCAGCAAAACUGCCGUCCGACUCGAUUCGCUUCAAUUCCAGAGCCAUCUCCAUCGAUUCCGAGGGAUUCGAUUCACCGGCGGUAAUAUUACAAACGGGAGAAAUAUUGAGAAGUGAACUGGGAGUUAUAGUGGCUGUAGACAAACCCGAAGCCGAUAAGCUUUUGCGAGACAAUGGGCCAAACCCGGCCCAAAACAAACCGAGUCGGAGCACGGUGUGUUUGUAUUUCACAGCUGAUCGAGCAGAAAUCCCGGUUCGGGACCCGGUUCUCUUUAUAAACGGAUCGGGCGAAGGAAUCGUGAAUAAUAUGUUCUUCGCCACUAACGUGGCACCAUCGUAUGGCCCACCAGACAAGGCUUUAAUCUCCGUAUCACUCAUCGGGACCUUUGAUGGAGUCUCCGAUGAGGAUCUAACGGCUGACGUUGUCCGAGAGCUCUCCGAGUGGUUUAAGGGAUCAACUUCGUCAACAUCAACGGUAAGGAAUUGGAAGCACUUGAAGACUUACAGGAUUAAAUAUGCUCAGCCCAAUCAGAGCCCUCCAACUAAUCUAAUGAAAGAUCCUAAGGUAGGAUCCGGUUUGUACUUAUGCGGAGACCACUUAACGAGUGCCACGUUUGAUGGUGCUUUGGUCUCUGGUCGAAGAGCGGUCGAGGCUUUGCUUAGAGACCGUACCGUCAUUAGAGUUUAAAGGCAAAAAUAAAAUUAUAUAUAUGUUUGACUUUGUUUUAAAAAAGAUUAAUUUUGUAAUUAUUGGGUGUGAAAAUGAAUGAGUAUGAGACUGAACUGAAGCCACAUAACGUUAAUAAAAUUUGAAUUGAAAA